CUGCGGCGUGCGCGGCGCCGCUCCUCCGCCAUGUUGAGCGUGGCCGCCGCGGCUCCGCACAGAGACGGGGUGUCGCGAUAAGAACGGCGUCGCGAUAACAAACGGCGUCGCGACUGCAAACUGCGUUUAUCGCUCGCUUUAACAUAAGGCUUUGCCCCAAGGGCGCCUUCAGCGCUCACCCCCCUUUGCGCCGCGCUCGGAGCGAACCUCCCGGCAGCGGCGGGGAGGGGGCGGCCCACAGCGCGGGGGGCGUGGCCUGCGCGUGCGAGGCUAUAUAAGGGCGCGGCGGGGCCCCGCCCCUGGCAGGUGCAAGAUGGCGGCGCUGAGGGCGGCGGGGGCGGCGCUGCUGCGGCCGCGGCGGGAGGCGGCGGCCGGGCUGGGCUACCACAGGAAGGUGGUGGAUCACUACGAGAACCCGCGCAAUGUCGGCUCGCUCGACCGCAAGGCUAAGAACGUGGGCACCGGCCUGGUGGGCGCUCCGGCGUGUGGAGAUGUGAUGAAGCUGCAGGUGGAAGUGGACGAGAACGGGAGGAUCGUGGAUGCCCGUUUCAAAACCUUCGGUUGUGGGUCAGCGAUCGCAUCGAGUUCACUGGCAACAGAGUGGGUCAAAGGGAAAACGGUUGAUGAAGCGCUGAAAAUCAAGAACACGGAUAUUGCUAAAGAGCUCUGCCUUCCUCCUGUCAAACUGCACUGCUCCAUGCUGGCUGAAGACGCCAUCAAGGCUGCCUUGGCUGACUACAAGUUGAAGCAGAGCUCGGACAAAGAAAUGUCAGAGAAGAAAGCAAACAACGCCUAAACUGACUGUAAAGCUUGUUCUCAUUCCACUGGCAUUUGCAGUGCAAUUACUUUAGAUUAGUAGGAUCCUGCUCACUACUAAAGGAAGCUGUAAGAUACGCACAAGUUACGCACAACGUGUGGCUGGGGGGGUGGACGGCCGCCCCUGUGCUCUCACGGUGGAGGUGGUGGUUCAGCAGCCUCUGUCCUGCCACGACUCCUUUGGUGGAGCAGAGGAGGCUGCUCAACACAGAGAACCCGGUGGCUUCACCCUGGAGGGGAAUUCCUCCUGUUCCGGUACUCGAAGGGCUGCACUUUUUUCUUUGGAAGAUGUAGAGUUUUGCCUAAUAUUUCACAGGAAUUAGCGGGAAACGUUGCCUUGGUCUUAAUCUUUCUGUAAGAACUGGAGAUAAUCUGUGUACACAAACACGGGGCGGUUCAUCCGCCACAGAGCACAGCGGUGUCCGAGCUUCAUUUCACCAUCUGAGCGCAAGUUCCUCCUCUCUGGGCUCUCAGGGUCGGUCUGUGCCCUCUGGGAAUGCCUUUGCAUCCCUGCUGAGCUUUCCCAGCCUGUUCCCAGCGUCUGAGCUGCCUCCCCGCGAGCACACAGCGUUGCAAAGUUAAGCAUUUGGGGAGUUAAGCUCUGCUGCAGCUCCGUGUGCUCAGCUCUGCCUUCUGGUGGUGGCUGCUCGCGCUCCACAGGAGCAUUCCCAGAGAUUCCC